AUGCAACGCGACUACGACCCCUCGCCAACAUGGCAACGUGUUUCCUCGGGACAUAACUUUCUCAACCCCUCAGAUGCGUCCGAAACUGCCCAGACAGCUGCUCUCUCACCUUAUCGUAACGUUCGUGGUAGUCUUCGGCACCAGUCUCGUUCUCUCAACCACGAGCUGCCUCGAUCAGCGAACAGCCCUCACGACGAUUCAUACCAGCCGACUUACGCACACACCUCAUAUAAUCACAGUCCCUCAAAUCGACCUCUGCGUCAGCUGCCCGUAGCAGUGACCGUCUGCGAGAUUGAAAACCCACCUCAGGAGGUGACGCCAACUCUCAGCCUACUAGACGAAUUUGACUACUUUUGCAGCAUGUCCGGUGCUUCCUCCAGCAAGUUCCUUUCGGAGUGCUCUACACCAGUCACCAAUUUGGAUAUCAACGAAACAAAGGCCCGACGCCAGCGGCUGAAGAAGCUGCGUUGUCAGUCCGUCCUGCCCCCGACAAAGGCAAACGAGGGAGCAAACGUUUCACCCACGGGUGGGGAGGGGAGAAACCUCCAACAGGAGGGCAGGCGAAUUCCACCCUACAAUUACCAGCGGGCUUAUACUCAGGAUUGUAGCCUCCAUCCGAACGACUUUUUCGCAGGUGAAAUUCCCCCCAUACGAAGACAAAGGUCAACAGAGAAGGAACCACUGGCAUUAAGGCAUAGUUCCUCCACCAGUCUUGCAAGGAGCAUAAUGACGCCUAACUCCCCGAACCGACGAUCUCUCACUCCACAGGUACUGCCUCCACUACCGCUGUGCACAGAGUCGCCUCUAGGUGCUGCAAUCUCACAGGAAGCUCUGGCUGCCGACGAUCCCGACCUGGUUGAAUUCAAGGUACAGGUAGUCGGAUCACCAGGCGUUGGAAAAACUACAAUUUGCCAAUGUCUCACAAAUUUAAAUAAGGAGGAUUCCGACUUUGGUAAGAAGAAUUAACUUUUACUAUUUUGUCAAUGAUAUUGCGGUCACUAGUUUUAAUUAUAGAUAAAUAUAGGUAGAUAAAUAGAUAAAUAUAUAUGUUUUUCUGGGUACAAGUUUCUGGGCGAGUCCUUUCUAGGUUCAGUAGUGUGUAAAUUUUCAUUCAUUUGCCAUAAUGUCAGGACAAGCGCGCGUAUCGCCACCCUAUACGGCCACCUCACUCAAUUCUGGCAGUACCUGCACUAGUACCUAUGCAGCGAGUAUACAAGAUACAUCCACAAAACAUGGGAAGAUGUACCCCCGCUUAGGUUGCAUCAAGCGAAGACCAGUCGUCGUCGGGGAUCGAUCAACUAUAGCUGCUCGAGUACGAAGCAGGACUCGGAAAUAUGCACUCAACCCCAUAUUACGGGUUGUCUUUCGUUAACUUCCGGGGAGAAUAAGGUUAUAACAUGGUAGUAGACACACCCGGGAACUAAGCGCACGAUCACUUGCGACACGGCGACGUAUACGCACUCCCCUGUCUAACCAACAGAUGUUAGCGUUCUUCCGCAGGACAAUAUCCGCUUAAGAGGCAGUUCCGAUAUUGCCAAAAUAUCAAUUUGUAUGGGUGAGGUGCAGACAAAAUUAUAUGUUUCCAGUUUGUUUCGGAGGAGCUAAAUGUACUUGCGAACAUCACGGUAUAAACUUGCCACAAGGCUGAGGAGGGUAGAGCAGCCAACCGUUUUCGUUCCAAUUUAUGAUUCCGAUAGUAUUUGCAAUUUUGCUGACUCAUGUACCUAGUCGUUAUAGAAGUCAUCUCUAGUGCACUCGUUCUAAAAGAAAAGGCCUGUUGUAGGUAGUUCCUUCGUUUUCUUUGUAGAAUAACGAUAAGGAUUCUUCAAUGCAUCAAGCAGAAAAAUACUUUUUGUAAAUGCAAAACUCAAAUAACAUGUUAUUCAUAUCGCAUGCAGCGUAGAAAAAUGGAAUUUACCUAUUUUAUGAGCAAACAUGACCCCACAAGCUGUUGUGACUAUCUGAAGCCGCCCAAUAAAGGAUGGACCGGAUUGUUUUCCGAAAUAUUCCCAUCUUAUUAUUUACUAUAAUUGACUCUCAGAAAAUUAGUUGACUGAUCCUUAGGGUAAUGGUGGUACUGCAUACAUUUACGAAACAUAGCGAUAUAACACUUGUAUUUUCAUUUAUAGUUAUAAGUACUUUGUGUCUAAUCGACCAUUCUAUCGUGAUUUUUGUAAAGAGAAGGGUUCUUAAACGCAGAAAAAUCACAAUACGACCAAAGUGGCAAACAUAAGGGUAUUUCUAAGGUUGCUAUUAGUACAAAACAACCCUAUUCAUUCGAAUGUCCUAUAUUGAUAAAUGACCCGUAAAUCUACGAUUCCUCAAACGAAUUCGCGGCAUGCACAAGUGAUCUACUUACUGGAGUUUUUAAAAUCAAGCAUGUAAUAGACCACCCCGAUGCUUUUUCCAAGUUAUUGUGAGACUUAACUUUGUCGAGGAAAAAGGAACAAAAAUACCCAGAGCUACUUAGCACCCUCAGGCACAUAGAUUAUUUCCACCGUUAAAAAUAUUCUGCAAAUGUUUCGAAAAUUUAUUUAAGGGUAAAGAACUAGUCUCGUCCAUUUAUUAAGGUCUGUUAUCCGAUACAAACAUACCAUAAACAGUAGGUAACAAUAUUUUGCAGUGAAAAUGGAAACAACAGCGGGCAUACUCCUGCUGAGAUCAAACGUAGUCAAACACCUGCUGGUUAGUGAUACAUUAUGUCGAAGUGCCUAACACUAAGGUCAAAUGAAGAUGAUUUAUCCUGCUUAUGUGAAUGUGGGAAUAAAUGCAUUCGUAGAGAAUUAGUGAACAAGAAAACUUUUAGAGGAUGGCUAAAAACAUGCUUUGAUUAAUGGUUAAUUUUCCUCCGAUGGUCAGUUUAAAUCCAACAAUUCAUAUCACGAUGUGAUGCUGUUGUGCGAACCUGCUUGUAAGAAAGUAGCAAUUUUUUAAAGUUAUACAUCGAGUAUGCCGAGCGGUUUUAAUUUAUAUAUGCGUGUGCGUCAGUUGAGCGGAAGGAAGUUAACUGAGUAAAAACCCUGAAAAGUGCAACAACGGUUCUGCUCUUCUGCAUCUGGCUCACUACAAAAUGUGUAUUACUGGAAAUUAUUUCCAGUCACCUGUGAAGCAUUCGGCAACCUCGAUGAGAUACGAACCCGUUACGCAGAGGGGAAAUCUUUAGUAGGGCCUUCGCUCUAGCCACUUGAGUUUAAUCGGAUUAUGUAAAGUCAACCGGCCAGCCUACUGCAACGUAUCGGGUCCACUAAUGUUGAUACUGGAAGUUGACUGCCUAAGCACAAUUCCUUAAUUUAUCCAUGUACUAUCCACCAGAUGGCUAUCUACCGCUCACGGUCAUUUGUCCAAAGGACACCGAGAUCGCUGAGUUUUUAAAAGUUUGGGCAAAAGAGGUUAUUAUGAAUCUUCCGAAAUACUUAUUUACAAUUGGAAUGAUUCCAAACAGAAGCAAAGCCGAGACUGACAUGGACGAUAUGUACAACUUAAUGUUACACAAUACGUUUCCCAUGAAAACGUGGGUUUGUAAAUCAUUUCUUCGACUGCCGCUGUGCAAAUAACUCUCAAAAGCAAACUUAGGGAGAGUAAAAUUAAGCCGUUAAUUCUGAAUCUUACAUUUUCGGCUGCUUUACGCAAAAACAGUAAAUCAUUAGUAGUCACAUUUUCAUGAAUAAUUAUGCUUAUUCGGUUGUAAGGCCAAAGAACUACAUACAGUGACAUUUAGAUUACUCCUUAAUAUCUGAGCACUCCGCGACAGGGAACGCAUUGUUAGGUGAGCUAAUGACAAGCAGGUUUUACUGAUAAUGGCAGCGUUAUCGUUUUUGCUAUAGGAUACUUAAAAACACUUUUUAUACGUGUCAUAAAUCAAAUAUCCAUUUGCUUUGUACGUUAGGUUAUAGUUUGAUUUUAGAGAACUCUACUGAGGGGUUAUCAAAUGUGGUUUAAAGAGGUAAUUUUGCAUUUUCGCUGUCACUAAUUGGGAAACUUCUUGAAGCCGACUGUGAUGCCAUCCGAUUUAAGACUAUCUUUCAGAACAGAUGUUUUAAUUGAAGUAUUAUUUGAGGACGCUGAGCAAUGAGUGGAAUGGGAAGAACGGAACGAUUUUGAAUUAAGAAGAUGGGGCAUUUAAUUGGGCAGGCAUUGGACAGGUGCGAAGCCCACCAUGAAGCGCAUGGUAGUCAUUAAAAAUGAACAGUAUUUUAGAGUUUCUCCUGUUAAGUUCCACAGAUAAUCAAACAUAUGCUCUAGAAGCUUGUACAAUUGUGGUAAUUGUAUCGAUGCUUCAAGAAAUUAUGGUUACAGAUGUCAGUAUACCUGUCAAACUGCCCAGCGGAAAAAAUUAGAAUAACAUUUGAGACGUGCGUAACCAUUAGAGAUAAAUGACUGACGGAAAUAGAGGUAUACUCGUGAAUUUUCAAUACGGCUACACCAACCCGUCGUCAGACGAAAAUGAAAAGUGUGAGGGAGAUAAUCCUACUGGGGACCUAUGGGGACAUCGACAAGACAGACGCUUAUGUGUGGGGGUGAAGAACGUGUUUGGAUAGGUGGCGGACGUUAGGGGAGGUGCUGGGGGUUUCACACAUGGUUUACUCUGUGGGGGAGGUGCUGAAUCCGCGAUAUUCUACAUGGCCGAACAUGGUAGAGCGAGCUUGAAGCGAAGAGUUUUCGGUAGGAUGCCAUGAUCGCGACAGCGGUGAAGGAAAGUCAGUUGCUCGGAUGUCGCCGCCUGUCUCUGUGAGAAUUGUGACAAAGGAGGCGCAACCGUAAUCAUGGACAAGGUUGAUUACGUUCGAAAAGCAGACACUGUCUUUAGUGACAGGGAAGCUUACGCACCACUCGCUGAGGACCCAACGAAGAGGCAGACCGCGGUUAUAAAGAAGAAGGUGAAUGAACUCGCUCGACUGAAGCUGAUUAAUCCAAAUGACUGUAAAUUCAUGACUCUCAAUGACCCUCGUAUCGCACAUGCAUAUGGCCUUCCAAAAGUGCACAAACCAGAUGCAACAUUGAGGAUACUAGUGCCACUCAUCGGAUCGCCCACUUACAACCUAGCCAAAUGGCUUUCCAGGUAUCUGAAGCACCUCGCUGUUGGAUCACAACACAGCAUCACCAAUUCUCAGGCAUUCCUUCAAAGGAUUGAAGGUCUUAAAGUAAUUCCUGAUGAAAGUAUUCUAUCCUUUGAUGUUACCGCAUUGUUUUCCUUAAUACCACAUGACCUUGCCAUUGAGAGCGUGUCCCAACGCCCACGAGACAAUCCCAUCGACCUUCCAACACACCACGUUGUAGAAUUGCUUAAGCUCUGCCCCAAUAACUAUUUUCAAUUCGAUGGCAAAUACUACCAACAGGUCAAGGGCACCCCAAUGGGUUCGGCAAUUUCGGGGCUCCUUGCAGAACUAGUCUUACAACGACUAGAACAAGAUGUUGUACAAAGUUUCCAACCAAAAACGUGGCUCAGAUACGUAGAUGACACAAUUGUCAUCGUUAAGAUUUGCGAAGUUGAGCGAUUUCACCAGAGCUUGAAUGGCGCCUUCCCAGCGCUACAAUUCACUCGUGAAGAAGCAAAAGGAGGCAAUCUCCCGUUCCUAGGCGUGAGCAUACAAAAGCUCAGUGAUGGGGGCAUCGCAACAAGCGUUCAUCGGAAAAGCUCUGACGCUGAGAUCAUCCCGAGCUAUCAGAGUAACCACUCAGCAGCCCAUAAAAGAAGCUGUGUUCGGACCCUUUUCCACAGGGCCUAUCGUUACAGCAGUAGCACUGAUUUACUCAAAAAAGAACUGGCCCACUUGUAUCGCUUUUUCGACUGAACGGAUACCCGGUGAGCUUUGUGAAAAAUUGUCUCAGACGCCAGCAACAACCACAAAACGUCGACUCUAAUGGAGACAGGGUAUCACGGAAAUUCUAUUCCCUGCCCUACAUGCCGAGAAUUUCCGAAGCGAUCGCUCGACAAUUAAAUCAAUUCGGCACCUCCAUCGCCCACAAACCGGCGUCUUCAUUGCGCACGACAUUAUCCCGGGUAAAAGACCCUAUACCGAAGGAGCAGCAAACAAAUGUCAUUUACCGCAUUCCAUGUGCAAACUGCUCUAGCGUUUAUGUUGGGCAUACCGGCCGACGACUUGGGACCCGCAUUAACGAACAUAAGUUGGCCAUCCGCCGACGAGACCCCUUGUCUCUCGUGUUUGCGCACUCCCUUGAAUGUCAUCACCGCGUCAACUGGGAGGGGACCGAAGUGAUCGCUAGUGCCAACAUCAAACAAGCGCGAGAGUUUCUAGAAGCUUGGAACUCUAAUAACAAUAGCAUCAACCGCCAUGUCGACUUGGACGCUUGCUACGAAGGCUUACGUUCACGGUUCGCCGGCUUGCGCCCACCCGAAGACACCAACUGCUAAUCCAUGUUCGGCCAUGUAGAAUAUCGCGGAUUCAGCACCUCCCCCACAGAGUAAACCAUGUGUGAAACCCCCAGCACCUCCCCUAACGUCCGCCACCUAUCCAAACACGUUCUUCACCCCCACACAUAAGCGUCUGUCUUGUCGAUGUCCCCAUAGGUCCCCAGUAGGAUUAUCUCCCUCACACUUUUCAUUUUCGUCUGACGACGGGUUGGUGUAGCCGACUUGAAAAUUCUCGAGUAUACCUCUAUUUUCGACCAGCCUUCUCCUUUAAUUCUAUCGCCUCGUAAUGCUUACUAUCUGCAUUAUUCUUAAAUGCCUGUAUUUGCACAGCACUGGUUCGAGUUGUGCAGCCGUGUUCGUACACGAAGUCCUGUAGAGCGACACUUUAUCCACAUUAGACCUGACGUUUCAUUUACCUUAUUUUGCUGCACCAACUCAUAAGGCUGCGGCGAUCCUCUCUGUCCACUUCAGGGACAGAGGAAUUAAACCGCCCUUCCAGUGACCGAUAACUCAUCUUUGCGCUCUGUGUCGUAUAGAAAUACCAUGACUGAUGCAACUUUCGUUACGAGAACGCAAUAUUCUCCGCGGAUAUUCACAAUUUGUAUUUCCAUCGUAACGAAUACCAGGGUGGCAUGAGUUUUCGUUGGUAACACUAUUUGCUGAGUAGAAUCGCUGCACGCAUUAGCAUACAAGUCAUGACAAAUGACAAAAUAAUUCCACCGGCGUGACAUUGUGCUAUGUAUUAAGCUCAAUACGCUGAUCGUAUCGUCCGUAUUCCAGCCCAAACAUCCUGCAGAAUUGUUGAACGUAGUAGACGGAAUCUAAGCCACACAUCGCAUACGCGUUUAUCGGCAUAUCUGUAAGAGAAAGUUAGGCCAACAUACUGUGGACUGUUUGUCAUUAAUGGGCAAAAUAAUUGUUCUGUCCGACAAAAUCCUAAAGGUAAUAAUCAUGAUCAUGACAGAAAAUUGAGCUCGACCUAUCUAUUGUUUUAGCGUUUUAUGCAGAGCAUCAAAUUCUAGAGAGGUAGCACCAUGGCAACAAUUUAAUACAUAAAUUUUUUCUGUCUCGCUCUGCUACUCUCUUAUUUAGAUUUUAUUAUCAGUUUUUGUUUUUACUUCAGAUGCAGGAGACGACACAGACGAAGAUGUGCAAAACUUUUCAAUAAGAGCAAUGCUUAAAGGAAAUGAAUUCAAUGUAUGCUUUGCUGAGACCAAUCUAUAUGACGAAACGGAUUCGAUGGCAAGUAAACCUUAGUUUGUCCUAAUACUUUUAAAUGAGAUCGUUAAACGUGCUUUUUAACUCAUAUAAAUGUAAAUGGGGUCGAAAGAUAGUUCUUCUUAGGUGACCUGAUGUAUGCAUAACGUAGGUCUUUGCUUAGCCUUUUGUUUGCAUUAUGUGGCCUAACGCAUGAAACCUAAUGAAGAAAAUUAGGACGACCAAGUUUCCCCGCCCAAAAGUUUUUCUUUUAUUUAUUUAUCCAAGCUCUUGCGAAAAUUGCCGGUCUGCACAUAGAAUAUGUUAACAAAUAAUUGUAUCAGUCAAAUUGCUUUCAGAAUUUGCGUAAAUCUAUGUUACCUUUCAUUCCGGCACAAGACUGUGCUCAUAACUAUGACAGGCCAAGUUAUCUCAAUCAUGCAUGUCUUUUGGGGUGAAGGGAGUAAUCUAAACUCGGUAACUUACUAAGCAGAACUUGUCGAUCUUAAAAAUUAAUUUUUUUCCCAUGUAAAUCAGAUACAAAAGCGUAAGAGCAAAAAUAAUAUUUUAAAGUAAUCAACUGGCGUACUUUAAAAUAAGACAGACAUAAAGUGCUGAUAAUGAGCACCCCUUAUUGAAGAUUUUCUGAUUCAUUUGUAAAUAGGUUUCCUAAACCUCGGUUGACGCAGAUAGCAGAGUUAUCCUAUUAGGUGACUAAUUUGUUUUCAGUCAACGCUUCACUUUGUCUUCGUUAGCUCACUGCGCAAACUUGAUUAUAACAUUGAUCAUCGUUUUUAAGCCACCUUGUCAAGCAUUGUGGGAAUGUUAAAAACAAUGGAGUAAAUCUCGAAAAUAAUGUGUGUGACAAUAUUUAAUUUACACGUGAGAAAGUAUAGUAAGUUGGAUAAGGGAGUGAUGCUAUUGACGUUGUUUUAAAAGUCGUACCCCGGAAACUUGCAAAUGUUUGCAUAAAAGUGGUGCAGUCUUUAUACUUAGCCGUUUGUUUCUGAAAUAAUGACGAUGCAAAUGAAGGCCAACGAGGAAGAGAGAAAGAAAAAGUAAACUGACCUCAGUAGAAAUAUACACAGACACAAAUCUAUUGGUUUAAAGUCCCCCUUUAUAAAGUGAUUAACGGAAAUGAGGGCAAGCACAUUUUAAGUAAUUAUAGAAAAGAUGCCAGAAAAGAUUAGGCAAAGGUUUGGUCUAUGACCGGAGCAUCUUACUACGGGGAGUAUGUUUAUUGAAAAAGAAGGCUGAACUUCGGUAAACUUUGUAAUAUUAAAAGUUUGGUCCUCCAGACUGUCUCCAAUUAAAAUGGACACUAUUUUCACCAUUUAGUAAUACUGAUAAGUGCAAUUAUUUGUCCUUUGCUAUCAUUAAAUUGUUGUAUUUUUACUCCGAUAUCUAUCGUAAAUCUCUAUGACCACACUUAAGUAGUAACCAAUAGGACGGCUUUUUACCUCUUCCUCUAGCAAGCACAAAUAUAUAGCGACAGUUAUCUUCCUUAGCAAAAUUGCUUCCCGAAUUUAAUAAAACCGGUUAUAAAUCGAGCUCUUGUCACAGAUUCUUAUAAAUUCAUAUUACAUUUAAUCAAUUGUAUUAAUAUCGUUAGUGGUAGAGCCUAUUGCUCCGAAGCUUAUUAAACUGCAAACCAAAAUCUUACGACGUCAGAAAAACGUGAGAUCAAAUUAAGGGCAGAAUGCUUUCUAGUUUUCCGCUCAACCCAUAUGAGUUUCUUUCUGCAAUGAUUACUUUAUACUCAGAAGCACCGGACUUCCCAUAAAUAACCUUUACGCAUUAAAAUGGGAAGAUGGUUCGAGAUGUAAAGUAAAUGCGGACGGCAGUGAUUACUGAAUACGUACAUUGAAAUGACUCUUCUCUGUCUAAAAUGGAGGCGUUUGGGGCUCAGAUGCUGUUGUGUCGUAACACUGGAACUUUUGACGCUUUAACUGUAAAAACAGCCCAACCCUGAUAUGAUAAUUGUGUAUGACCUCCGCUUUUUGAACUUGAUUGGUCCCUCGCUGUCCCGAGUCCCACGUGCGGCUUAUCCUAAAUUCGAAUUUUUCUGUUAUUUGCAAUUCGUUCAGAAUGUUUUUCGUUCUGAAUUAGAAAUUGUCCAUAUUAAAAUAGUUUGAGGAUGUUUACAAAACAACCUCAGGAUGGGACCUCUUUUGCACAUUCCGCAUCAUCUGCCCAGCAAGCAGAUGGCAAGUUUUUUCUCUGACGGAGAAGAGCAAAGCGUUGGUUUUACUGAUUGUCAGACUUUUACUGUGUGCCUAUUAGCAGCCAUUAACUUCAAAGUUAUACUUGCCUCACUUCAGUUUCCGGUUUCCAUAUAUGCACCGACGCAACUGUCGCCAUUAAGCCGACUACUAUGUUCACAAAAGGACAUAGUACGAAAUUCCUUUUAUGCUUGUACAUAUGUCAAGUCGCGCUCAAGCCUCCACUUAUAAGUGAAAAAGGUGACCUAAACCGGGGAAAACGGGGAUUAUUUUGGAGGCGCCUGUUGAUAAAGACCUAAUUUGACUAAAUUAGCCUGUUUCAAAGUUUCUUUCAUCUAAAAUUUCCACGUACAACUAAUCGUAAAAAAGGUAGCAAAUGGCGUGCGAGUUAAGGACUUCCGUUUAUGCUUGGUAUUAAUUCAGAAGGGCUGCAAAAGGUUAAUAUAAACCGAUCUAAUGCCAUGCGUUUCAAAAGGGCUGGGUGUAACCCUAAGAUACAACUUAAUAUUUUCACUGCAAUAUCAAACCGAUGUCGUCGUCAAGUUAAAAACGUAUUUUGUGUAACUUAAGGCACUUGUUUAUAUGUUUAACCGACAACCAUUGCAGUUGCCUUAAACCGCUUUAAAUGUGAUCGUUUUAAAGUGCCGAAAACUAGAAAAACUACGAAGUGUGUUUCAAAGAGCGAAGGAAUUUCGCGCACUUAGCAGUGAAUAGAAUUUUUGUGGCCAGUUAGACAGGCAAACAACUUUAUCUAAUUACUCUAUCUAUAUUCAGUAAACCCACAAAUACACUAUGGAGGGUAAUGGUAUCAUUUACUGAUCCAGGGAGGUGAUAUACUAGUUUCAUUUCGAGGCCAGAGCUGGUGCACAUAUUUGUUGACGGCAAACCUUAAAGGAGCAUUUUCGUACUUCUUAGCGACUGGCUACUCGAUUCUUGGUUAUCCAUUUUAGCCAGGCCGUAAAAUGUCCACUGUGUUCUAUGGGUCAGGCGUUUAUCCGUGUAGCCUAAUCAUUAAGACGAUUAGCCAGUAUUAUUUUUGAUUUAUGGAAACAUCGCUUGUCAUACUUGACCCCGCGAAAUAUGCAGACCGGGCCUUUUCGCCCCUGGGGCAGAAAACCCAUCACAAAUUUCUUUAUUAUCCUAUGUGCUUUUGAAUAAGGAAAUGCAUACCAUGCUUUCAUCUUGCUCCGGAAGUUUUCACAUAUAUAUUUUAGCAUGUCAGCGAACCUGCUGACCAACAUUUUGCUCCUUCUCACUUAUGCAGGUGCUAAAGGAGUAACUUCUAGUGGGGUGUUGAUUUUUACGCUGGGACAGCUCAGCUAAUUUACUGCAACGGUGAAUCUUAUCUCUGCGCAGUUGACAACCGUAAUAAGAUCGCACACAGGGGACCAGAAAGGCAAUAUCAUGAAAUCUAGCAGAUUUCCAAAUGCGCAAUUUAGUGCUUAUAAAUACGUCAUCAAAGCACAUGAUCGAGUGCAGAAGGAGAAAUGUUUGCACUUCAAAACUUUAAAUUCGGUUUACCAGACUUUUUGCAGGGCAGUUAUUGUCACGAUAUAUUUUACUCGGCAGUACUCAGUAUCUGUCACACUGGGAACCCUAAACCGCUGUUUACAUUCCCACAGAAUAUCGAAAUACAAGAUUACGUGGACGCUUUUCUUGUUGUCUAUGCCAUUGACGACGCGACGACUUAUGAAUUUGCCCGGCGCGUUCUAUUGGAACUUUGCAAAUCUAUGGCCGAGAACGUAAUUCCACCAGCGGGAUUCAUUUUAGCUGCCAACAAGUUUGAUCUUGUUAGGCGCCGGGAGGUGAACUCCGAAGGUAUGUCCAAGUUCAGUGGACGUCUAACUUUGCUGUUUUGUUGCAUUAAUAAUAUCAUCCGCAGGAAUUUUUUUCGUUUUAAUCACAAAUUCCUCCGUAGAAGACGAGCUCCGGUAGCAGAACGCUUGUUUAUGUAUCUGGAAUGCAAAACGACGUUGUAGGACUUUUUAACGGAAGACGUUGGGGGAAGAACCGAGUCGUCCGUUUGCACAUUUUUCUUCCCUGUUUUCUUGAUUUUUAGUCGCACAACGGUUUUUCUGGGCAAGGGCUUGCAGUUGACAUUGACAUGAUUGUGGCUUUUUAGUCCCUUCUGAUCCAAAUACUGUUUUCUACAAAAAUAUGUAACUGUAGGUCAACAGCGGGUUCAAAAAUAAAACAGAAUGUCAUCCUUACGUCUGUCUCGACCGAACAUAGUAAGUUCGUAUGAGUAGCAAAGAAAAGAGUUCCUGUACAACCAAAGGGCACAGGAGGAAACGUCUGUCCAGUUUUGCUUUAGAAGAAAUGUUGUUAAUCCAGAACCUCCAGGUCUAUCGUGAGAGAUAUUUCUGCUAGGUUCGCUGUCGCACUGUCCGAUUCCGACAAAGAGAUAGGGAGUGGCAGUUUUAAGAACAGUUGUGAUCCAAACGAUCUAAAAAUAUUGGAAAUGUCGUGUUAUACGUUUUUGGUCAUAGCUUUCCGUGAUAUGCAUGCCUUUCAAGCGCAUAACCAAAAUCAUUGUUUGAUUAUUUUAUACAUUAAACCAUUUUCUUCUAGAAAAGUUGACAUUUUUACUAUUGAAUUGGCAAAUCAUCAAGAACUUUCCCUGUCCAUUUAUCAAUGACCUUUUUCUGUAUAUUCCAACAAAUAGGGAAUUUUUAAAAGGAGUAACGCGUAAAACUCGCUUGUUAUGGUUUGAAUCGUGUUCACUUUUAUUCUGUCACUUAGCCAGCUAAGCUGAUGUUGAUAAUGGAUUGUGUGUAAAGGCACACACCAUGUAAAGUGCAUAUAUAUUUUGUCAUGGUACUAGCAUAUCGGACUCAGGCAAUCCAUUUGCGGUCAGUGCUUCGCAGACCCGUCAUCUGUGCACAAUGCAUGAUGUGGUUUCACAUUGGUGGACGCAAAAAUGGUUCCUUAACACGGUUCUCCAGGUCGCAAUCACUAAUGUUUACCUUUAUUUAGAACAUUAUUUAUCACCUUUGUUCUCUGAUUCAUCGGCUUGUAUUUCAACAAACACGGUGAAAAAUUACUCUAAUACCAGUUUCCCCGUUGGCUUUUCGAAUAUCAUCCAAGGAUUCGAAAUGAGUUUGGGUUUCUUUUAAGUUUUUCGUAAUAUAAACUUUGUUAUUUAACAAGGUGUGUGAAUUCGUUUUUUCUAUCCUUGAACUUCUGCGGGUAUUUAUCUUAAUAUAUCCGUUAUUAUUUUACUUAAACGGAAUUUUCUAGGCAUUAUUUUCCGUCCCUUGCUUUUUCCACCGCUCAUUUCUUAUAUGUAUUUUCCAAUGACUGUAACUGUUCCAUCCCGUCUCUACAGGUCUCACCCCUAUUUCAGAAACUUAGCCUGCCUGUAACCUGGUUUUCCGCUUUGUUACAUCAAUUUCAGUCUAUGGUUUGCUUUAAAAGAUUAAUGACUCUUUUCCCAUGUCAUAAAUUUGGUUUAAAUAAGUCCUAAUGUAUGAGUCAUUUUUAAAACCUCUCAAUUUUACAAAACAAUAGCUUAUUAAGUACAGCGCUCCUACGAGUCAUGCAAAAUCUUUGCCAAAUUUUACAAUAAACGAUGAGAAAUUGUUUGUCCAGAGAAACAUAAAAAGGAUGAGGAGGAAAAAUCGUUGUGUAUUCUUGAUAAUUUAAAAAAUACAACCCGCGAUAAAGCCCAGUGCCCAGGAUGCAGCUCUGUAAAAUGAUCAGUCCUUCUGUUAGUUGAAAUGAAAUAUGCCUACGGAGCGCGAUUCAACACUCCGCAUAAGGGCUUGCGGUAAAACUAAGUCAACUGCGUUAAGCAGCGUUUCCCAGUAAUGAAUUUCCUGUUAAAACCUACGUUUGAUAAAUAACUGUCAAACAUUGCCUCUGUGCUGCGAUAACAAAAUCUAACGAAAUAAAAUGCAGUGAAAUUAAAUGAACGAAGGCCGGAUGACUGCGCUUAUUAGCUGAGGAUUUAUGAUUCACGCAAAUUGCGGCUAACACGUUAUCAUUUCUUGCGAGAUAUUAACUCGCACUGUUGCGAACUGUAUGGCUGAAUCUCGUCAAAUGAGCCACGACCUAAAAAUCAGCGUUAUUAGGUUUCAAUCGUGAUGCACUCAAAAAUGUCAGGUCGGCUGAUGAUUUCAAUAAUAUCUACCGCUUAUAUCGUAGUACAUCGAGCAUGAAUUGGCUUAAAAUGAUUUUCGCGUCCACAUUCCUUCCUCCUACAUCAAGCGGAGCCGGGCGUCAUGAAAAAUUCAGGAGUACCGGAGGCGGCACCAGGUGUAUCUCUUUUGCAUGGCAUUAGCCUACCCCUAGGAGUGCCGGCACACACCCGAUCUUUAGCUUUUUCUAGGUGCCUCUAUCACUAGUAAUACAUACCGUUUUCUUGUGUGGUCUCCAUGUUGGUCCAAAUCGUCAACUGUAUGGUCCGUUUUAGGGGCAGGCACGAUCAUUUAUGUAUAGAAAUAUUGGCAGAAGGUCGCUCACCGGUCGUUUUAUAUAUAUACAUAAGCAGAAUAGUAUUACCGACAAAGACAAGGGAGACUGGAAUGGCCAUUUCUGGCUUAUUAGCCGUCGUCAGCCAGCCAUACCCAAGCCCGAAGUGUGGAACACCCGAGCCUCGGACUCGUGACCUGUUGGUUGAGAAGUCCACGCCUCUACCCAUAGGGCCACGAGCCCGUUGCCCUGUCGGUUUUCGAUCGGGAAUAUACAAUGAUAGGGGGUGCUCACCGAUCGUUCAUACGGAACUCACUCGUUCCGUUGUGCCUUAAGGGCUCUCGCUCUCGAGCCCAACCAGCAGCCGCACAGCGGCGCAUGAUAUAUAGGCAGAAUAGUAUUACCGACAAAGACAAGGGAGACUGGAAUGGCCAUUUCUGGCUUAUUGGCCGUCGUCAGCCAGCCAUACCCAAGCCCGAAGUGUGGGCGGUGGAUGAAACAGAUUUUGCGGUCUUGCCACAAUAGACGACAUCACAACUGAUACAUGGGAUCUCGUAGACAACAAGGAAAACACUUAAAGACGCUACCUAACUGUAUUUUAACGUCUAAAAUUUUCUCCGAAAUCUCCAGAUGCCCGACAAUUCGCGAACGCGCACAACGCAAAAUUCCUUGAGAUCUCCGCAGCCCUGGGUCACAUGAUACCCGAACUCCUUCUCACUGUCAUUACCCACCUCUGUGAACUGGAUGAAAGCAAGCUGGGGCCCCGUAGAGCAUUUAACCACCCUCUGCACUACUCUACGGCCACAUCUUCCCCAUCCUCGCCUCGUACGGGAGUCAGUGCGAGACGAGAACAGGCAGUUUACACGAGUGCGGCGAACUCAUCAGCCGGCGCUGCCGCAGCUGGCAGUGGUGUCCAUGCUUCGAGGGGCGCCGGCAGUAAAGGCGGCCUGACAAAGUUUUUCAGGAGACAUUUUACGAGGUCAAGCACUGGCUGCGACAGCAGUGAUUAA